AGGGUUGAAGCUAGAAAGGUAGGGCUCCUGGAGGUUAACAAAAUCUAUUGGAAUUUACCCAUUAAGGCUUUGAGAAAGUGAAGAUUUGUUGAACAUUCAAAUGUUUACUACCUCUUUUUAAACGAAGGAAAAUAUAAAACUUCAAGUCUGCUCGAAAAGUUUGUACUUCGACCAUCCACCAAUUUUCCACGUCCUUUUCAGCCUUUCGUCGGUAUAUUUUCGUUCCAAUACUUGUCAAUGAAGCUGAAGGGUGCAGCAGCGCAGGUUACAAAUCUCGUUUGACUGGUGUCACUCACCCUGCACCACUUGAGCAGUAAAUCUGGUCUGGGGGCGGAAUGAAUGAAAGCGGAUGUCUUCCUGGAGGUGGCGCCCAUGAGCAGCAAGUAGUCGGGAGGUCCUCCCAACUCCUGCCGCGGCCGCCCCCUACUGGCUGGGAGUGUGGGAGGGGGUGGUGCGGCGGCGGCUGCAGCAACCCGCCAGUCCCACCCUCUCCCCGACGGUGGAGAAAUGGGAGUACUUGCGUUGCUGCCCCCUGUCGGCGGGGAGGUGUCUUCUGCAGCCGGCCCGGUGCGAGUUGGGAAGACACGCCCAAGAUGGCGGCAGGAUUGAAAAGUUGCGCCCGGCGGAGUGCGGUGUGAGCGGCCGACCCGCGGGCUGCCCUGAGAGCCGGCUGUCGAGGCAUCUGUCGGAUGUCGUUGCAGUAAUGUCAUUGUGGGCGGGAGUCGGGGGGUUUGUCGCCGUCGUUGCCCGGAUUGCGAGGAGUUGUCGCCGGGUGUUCAGCUAGAGAUGGAGGAUGAUGCGAAGAAAGGUAAAAAGCCUGGAAUCGUGUCACCAUUUAAGCGGGUAUUCCUGAAAGGAGAGAAAGGGCGUGAUAAGAAGGCACAAGAAAAGGUCACUGAACGAAGACCCUUGCAUACAGUUACACUGGCCUUGCCAGAUCACAGAGUUGACCCAGAGGUUCUCUUGAAUGAUUACAUUGAAAAGGAAGUAAAGUAUUUGGGGCAGCUCACAUCAGUGCCCGGGUAUCUGAAUCCAUCCAGUCGAACCGAAAUAUUGCACUUGUUAGAUAAUGCAAGGAGGGCACAUCAACUCCCAGGACCACUAACACAAGAACAAGAUGCAGUAAUUACUGUGUCUGCAUACAAUAUUAAAUUGGUGUGGCGGGAUGGAGAAGAUAUCAUCCUUAGAGUUCCAAUCCAUGAUAUUGCAGCAGUCUCUUAUAUUCGAGAUGAUUCCCUUCAUCUGGUCAUUUUUAAAACUGCCAGCGACUCUGGGAAUUCAACCAAUCAGAGCACUGAAGGUUUCACUAAAUUACAGGCAUCAGAAAGUAGAGCUGGAACCAUGGAAGCAUGUAGUCUAGUCGUUGUUGUCGUAGAAAAUAAAGCAGCUGCAGAAGAACUCUGUUCCCUUCUUAGUCAAGUCUUCCAAGUUGUUUACACAGAGUCCACAAUAGACUUUUUGGAUAGAGCAAUAUUUGAUGGUGCUUCUACCCCAACUAAGCCCAUGUCCAUAUACAGUGAUGAUUCUUCAAGUAAAGCAGAUGUUAAAGAGCCGUAUGAUGCAGAAAUUAGUAAUUUGUCCUUUCAGGGAUCUGAUACUGGAGGAAAUUCACCAUCUUCAACUUUACCAUCUCCUCAAAUAAAAAAUGUCAGUGAAAGUGAACUGAGUGCUUCUGCAGCUGAACUCCUUCAGGAUUACAUGAUGACACUGAGAACGAAGUUGACGUCUGAAGAAAUCCAGAAGUUUGCUAUGCUUCUGCACGAAUAUCGAAAUGGUGCUUCAAUUCAUGAAUUUUGCAUCAGUCUUCGACAAUUGUACGGUGAUGGUAGAAAAUUUCUAUUACUUGGACUCCGACCUUUCAUUCCAGAAAAAGACAGCUUACAUUUUGAAAACUUUCUAGAAACCAUUGGUGUCAAGGAUGGAAGGGGCAUUAUAACAGACAGUUUUGGCCGAUGCAGAAGGACUUUAAGUAAUGCAUCCAAUUCAACUACCAAUGGCAAUGGAGCAACUGCAGGCUCAGAUGAUCAAUCAGUGCCUUCUGAAGGUGAUGAAUGGGACAAAAUGAUCUCUGAUAUCAGCCAUGAUAUUGAGGCCCUUGGUUGCAGUAUGGAUCAUGAUUCAUCUUGAAAAUGAAAUAUUUGCACAUCCUGUUAAUGGCCUUCAAGACUUUUCUUAUACAGAUGUGUUCCUAAAUGAAGUUUACUACAAUGUGAAUAUUUAAAUAAAUUGUUAAAACAUUUCUACAAAAUGAAGAACAUGAAAUCAUGCCAUAUAACUUUUUUAUUGUAGAAAAUAUUGCAUAUUUGUAUUCAAACAUUUUUGUAACAGCAAGUAGUUGUUAGGCUUGAUUGUUCCAGUAGCAGGCAAGACCUUUCUGGUCCUAUCACAUGGUUUUGUAUCCCAUCUGCACAAAGUUGCAUAUUACAGUAUACUGUGAUGUCAGGGAUGAUUUAAUUCCAUUCUGGACAGACCUUCCAUUUUUACCCUGUACCUCCAAGUUGUGUCCCAACUCUAUAGUGUAUGUGCAGCAUGAUAGAUCCUCCCGGUGCUAGCUUCUAAAACUGCACACUUCAACUGCUGCAUAUGACUGCACAUUAAACGUAACUAUAAAUUUGUCUGAAUGUGACCAAAAUAGGCAAUGUAUUAUUUGUUGGGGAAAAUGCAGGAGAGUUGGUAUACCAUUAAGUGGAAAAAUGAAGUGAACUUGCACACUGCUACAAUGCAUAUCAUUAGUGCAAAUGACUUUUUAACAUCAAUUAGCUAAUUUUUAUUUGGGAGAUGCCAGAAUGCUGCAGCAGACUUGGCAUUCUGCUGUCAGCCAAGUGCUUUAUGAAUUUCUGCAAAAGUUGUCUAUUUUCCUUCAAUAUCAAUAAUCUGCUCCAAAUUUUUUUAAAAAAGGAAGUUGUUAUUGUAACAUCAUAUUAUGAAAGAGAACAUCAAUGAAGCAGUUUCUUUUAAAACAAAGGGAUAGUGUUCCAGUGAAAUGAAUAAUAGGGUACACCAUAAUGGUGUGUCUGCAUAUUGAUACUUUUUUAAACUGUCUUGUAUAUUUAUGCACACCCAAUGCAAAUAUUUUUUAAAAUCAAUGACAUUCUAAAAAGGAUUAUUCAAUCAUGACCCAUUUAAUUGAACACUUUUGCUGUUAUAUGCUGCUUUGUUGUCAUCUAAUGAAAACUGAAGUGAAGAAUAAAUUUGUCAUGAAACUACAGCAAAUAGUAACCAUAAAACUUGGAUAAUGGUCCUUUUGGGUGCUGUAUAUAGACUGCAUAUGAAUGAUGCCUUGAUCCAUUUUAAUUCUACAAAUUUAUUUAUUGGAAUCCUUCAGGAUUUUAUACCAUUGCAUGUACUGUAUUGUUUGUAUGUGACAAUGUGCAGUGGAUAGAAUGUGUGAAAUUUUUAUGCGUAACAUGUAAUCCUAGAAAAAAUCAAUCUGAAUUAAUGGGUUUUACUAGUAAUGCCAGUAUAAUAGUCCUUGGAACCACUUGCUUUCUUGUAAGGAGUGGAUGUUUCAGUAUCCCAUCUAUUGUUUUGGCAUGGUCAAUUAGUAGUAAUAUUUUAAUUGUAUUCUUGGGUUGUAAACUCGAUUGCAAAAUGCUAGUAUAUCAAUAUAAUUGUUUUCAGAGUUAUUGUCCUAUAGUUAAUGUCAUAAGUUUAAAAUUGAGUUGAACACCAGUGACAUUGUUAUGGUAAACUGCAUUGUUGGUUUCCCAGUCUGGAUGUUAAACAUUAAUUGCAUGUAUCCAAGAUAGUGGAUGUGUGUGCGUGUGUAUAUAUAUAUAUAGUGUAAUUCCAGCAAUUGCCUUCUAUUAAAUACUGGAAAGGAUUUGGGGAAGUAAAACCAUGUCUUAGUGAGGAAUUUCAGGUACAAGGAAAUUUAAGUGUUGGAAUGUUUAAGUAAAUGAUAGGAGUAAUCAAGCUACAUAUUUCCACUCUGGAUAAGAAUAUUAGAAUUAGUUUCUAUGUCCUCAUCACUUGUCAUUGAGAUACUACUUUGGCUGUUUGUUUUACUAUGUUUAGGCUGAAAUUAUCCAUUUGUAAUCUUAUCUCCAACCUUUGCAAAUACUUGCCCAUUUAUAAUGGCCUGGUUUUUGCAGCAAGACUUGGUGUAAAACCUUCUGACAAGAAAGAAGCCCAAGUGUCUCUCAGAUCAAUGCUGAUUACAAUAUCUGAAACAUCAUUGCAGCCUGUAGCAAUGCACUGAAUGACUGCCAGCAUCUUUGGAGGUUUUCAUUUUCAGUCCUGUAUAGGUAGAAAUUCCAAAGCGUCAGUUUUGAGGAGUCAGCCCAUUAUUACUAUCACAAAAAUUAGGCCUUUGUGCAAGAACUGUACUUAAAAAAUUAUGAUCUUUUAUACAUUGUGUAUUAAAUUUUAAGUUUGUUGUGGCACUAAAAAUCCUAUGUUUUAUAUGAAGUUUUUGCCAUUGUUCUUGAGCUGUAGACUGAAUUAUGACAGAAGGAAUAAUUGGCCAUCUGACUAUGCCACUGGCCAGCUAAUUGGAAUGAUGGUGCUGCAGUCUGCUGUUACGUGGGUCAAAUGUUUAACCUGUUUUUUGCACUGUCAGCUAGAUCAUCUGACACAGUCCAGAAACUUAAAAUUAAGACUGGGAUUCUGACCCAGAUUUGCAUUAUGGAAAAGCAAUCUAACUGUACCCACCAAGCCCUGCUUUCUGUAGUCACAUGAUAUUUGUAUUAUAACUUGAUAGUACAUCUAUUUCCUUGUCAGUUUUAGUCCUUUGGCAUGGGCUACAGUAAAUCACAUGCUUGGUUUUAUUUUUCCAGUAAAGAUCUGCUACAGAUGUCCUGAUUUGAUUGUGUGGUGUGCAAGGAUGAACUAGAAGCCAGCGUCACAAUUUUUUGUUUUGAAAUCCAUGCUACAAAAGGGAUACUUUACGUGUAAUUUUCCCAGUUAAAAAUGGAACCACUGUAGAGAUGUAAUGGUAACUUGGGAAACUGAAGUCAAGAGUUUUUGUCAUUUUUUCCUUUAAACCAAGAUUAGCAGUAUUAUAGUUGCAGUCAUUGUAGGGUAAUACAGUAAUGCAGCACACUUCCAGUAAGGAGAAUACUUUUGUCCUUUGGAAGACUUCAGAACACAACUGAUUCUUAUCCUGCAGUUGUUUUGGGACGUGCACUUUGCACAUGCAUGUGGAGCAAUUAAUUGGUCAGUGAUACAUACUAAUGUGUCUUAAUUCAAACUUUUAUUUCCUGCAAAUUUACCUGCAGUAUCCAUUAUCUACUUAACACACAUUCUGGUAAAAGUAAUUCCCUGACCAUGGGGAGUAUAACUGUUUUCAGCACAUAGCAAAGCUAUAUUCUAGACUAGGUCAAAUGCAUACAGUAUUUAUUUUGGGGUCUAUUUAUGUGAAGUCAUUUCAAUAAAUUUUGCAUCUAUGCAGUAUUCCUGUGUAGGGAAUUGUUUCAGCUUGCAUAUUUUGCCUAUUAUUAAAGCAUUCUUAAUCCACAUUGUUACAUUGCACCAUUUAGAGAAAUGUUUUUUUAAUUUUCUGUCUUAUGAUGGAGAUUGUUAAUGGUCAGUAUUGAUGUGUACUGGGACCAUCUGUAGCAAAGUUUUUUGUGGUUUUUGCAGUAAUUGCUUUACAUUUCAGUUCGGGUAUUAAUUGCACACGGUUACAGCUGAGAUAAAGGUUGUCGUAAUACAAAUAUUUCAUGUACACUGACAAAGAUUAAAAAUAUUUCACUUUGCAAUCUA